AUGUCUUCCAGAGUCGACCCUGAAGCUCACGUUAGGAGCGAUGAGCAAACGCCGCUGCUCGCAGAUCAACACCCGGAUACGGACCAUCCCGAGACCGAGCCGACACCGGAGAAAAGACCGACGAGUUGGUAUGCCUGGAGAAUCUUCUGGGCCGUCCUUGCGAUAGUUGUUCUAGCAGUUUUUAUUAAGGGAUGGAUUGAUUCAGAUGAAACGGAGUUUGAUCUUAAAAAAGCUCUGAAGCGGGCGCUGGGUGGAGGACUCAGUGGUGCUGCGGCUAUGUUAUUGCAGGUGUUGCUUCUCAUGCCUCUGAGGACAAUCAUGAACUAUCAAUAUCGACAUGGGACAUCAUUUACUGUCGCCACCAAGACUCUGUACACUGAAGGAGGCGUGAGGCGGUAUUAUCAAGGCAUUGCGCCUGCGCUAUUCCAAGGCCCCAUCUCGAGAUUCGGAGACACAGCAGCCAACGCUGGCAUACUCGCCCUUCUACAGUCGAAUCCUUAUCUGAAAGAUCUUCCUUCACCUAUCAAGACCAUUUUUGCAUCGCUGUGUGCCGCCGCUUUCCGCAUGAUUCUAACUCCAAUCGACACCCUGAAAACAACCCUCCAAGCCCAAGGCGCCAGAGGAACAGCUCUUCUCCGGAGGCGUAUCAAGUCCAAUGGUAUUGGUAGUUUGUGGUGGGGUGCUUUUGCCACGGCUGCUGCGACCUUUGUUGGACAUUAUCCUUGGUUUGCCACGUACAACUUCUUGACCGAGGCCAUCGCUGAGCCGCCCAAACAUCCUCUCGUGUGGUGGUUACUCCGCCUCGCAUUCAUCGGAUUCUGCGCCUCGGUCGUAUCAGACUCCAUCUCUAACUCGCUGAGGGUUGUUAAGACUUAUCGUCAAGUCAACGAUACCAAGAUCUCAUACUCCGAAGCUGCCCGUGCUGUGGUCGCAGAAGAAGGCGUACUUGGACUUCUAGGGCGUGGACUGAAGACUCGCAUCCUGGCCAAUGGUUUACAGGGAAUUCUAUUCUCUAUUCUUUGGAAACUAUUCCUUGAUCUGUGGGAAAAGAGGACCUAA